AUGGCUUACGGUAUAGCACAAUGCGUGAUGGGAAGGGAUGUAUUCAGCCAUCCCAAUCACACACAAAUUCUACGUAAAUCACGACAUACAAUAACUCUUGCCAAUUCCGAUGCCAAAUUUCUCAACAAAUCUUUGCAACUUGCUUGUGCCGCCACUAAACACCAUUUCCAGUUAACUCACAAUCAAAACAGACGUUCAGCAAAUUACCACCCAAAUCAUUGGACCCAUGAAUUUGUCCAGUCUCUGGGAAAUCAUCUACCGGUUAAAACAGUGCAAGAGAGAACAGCAACGCUUGAGGAGAAUGUAAGGCAUAUGAUUAAUAGAAAAGACAUGGAGCCACGAAGCUUGCUGGAAUUAAUUGAUGACAUCCAGCGGUUGGGGCUGCACUACAAGUUCGAAGACGACAUAAACAAUGCCCUUCACAGGAUUGUUUCAACACAAAACUUGAAAGACGAAUCACAGAAAAAAAGUCUGCAUGAAACUGCCCUCCUUUUCCGCCUUCUUAGACAACAUGGAUUUGAUGUCUCACAAGAUGCAGAUGUUUUUGACAGUUUCAAAGAUGAAGAGGGGAAAUUUAAGGCUGAAAUUAGCAAUGAUGUUGAAGGAAUGUUAAGUCUAUACGAGGCAUCCUACUUGAGCUUUGAAGGAGAAAGUGUGUGGGAGGGAAAUGCAUUUUCAAGAACAUGUCUGAUGAACUUAAUAAAAGAGGGGAUAGAUAAGGAAGUGGGUGAAGAAGUUAGGCAUGUGUUGGAGGGGCUUCCCUAUCACCAAAGCUUUCAGAGACUGGAGGCACGAUGGUAUAUUGACAUAUACAAUAAAAAGGAAGGACAUGAUCGCUAUUUGUUAGAGCUUGCAAAGCUGGAUUUCAACAUGGUUCAAUUAUCAUGUCAGAAAGAGCUACAGCAAUUGUCCAGGUGGUGGAUGGACCUUGGCCUCACAACCAAAUUGAAUUUUGCUCGAGAUAGAUUUGUGGAAUCUUUCUAUUGGUCGGUGGGAAUGGAACCUGAACUUAUAUUUGCUAAUUAUCGUGAAGAACUCACGAAAGUGGGAAAAUUGAUCACAAUCGUAGAUGAUAUAUAUGAUGUCUACGGUACUCUGGAUGAGUUGGAGCUCUUCACAAAUGUUGUCGAAAGAUGGGAUGUAAAUGCCAUGAACACUCUACCAGACUACAUGAUGUUGUGUUUCUUAGCUCUUUAUAACACUGUUAAUGGGAUGGCUUAUGACAUCUUCAAAGAACGGGGCAUAAAAUGUCUUCCUUACCUCACCAAAGCUUGGUCUGAUUUGUGCAAAUCAUACCUGCAAGAAGCAAAAUGGUAUUACAAUAAAGUGAUUCCACCAUUGAACGAGUUCCUUGACAAUGGAUGGAUCUCAUCCUCAGGUGGAGUUCUUCUUACUCAUUCCUUCUUCUUAGUCACUCCAGACCACGACAUCACAGAGCAAUCGCUUCAUUCCUUAGCUAAUUACCAUGACCUCUUGCGCUCUUCGAUGACCAUUUUAAGGCUUUGCAAUGAUUGGGGAACAUCCUCGGAUGAGAUUGAGAGGGGUGAAAUUUCAAGUUCAAUAUUAAGUUACAUGCAUGAAACUGGUUUCUCGGAAGAAAAAGCCCGUCUACACUAUAAAACAUUGAUUGAAAAAGAAUGGCGUAAGUUGAAUAAAUACCAAGUCAUGAACUCUACGUUUUCCAAAUCUUUCGUAAAAGUUUGCAUUAACCAUGCUCGGACUGCUCAUUACACAUACCAAAUUGGCGACGGAUUUGGACGACAAGACGCUGUAUCAAAGAACAGAAUCCAGUGUCUGCUAAUAGACCCUAUUCCAGUAGCAUGA